UGAGUGGGGAGAAAGGCACGUCACGUAGCAUAGCAGAGGAGAGAAAGAGGGAGGGGAGAGUGCGAUCGAUUGGUAAAGUCGGGAAGAGAUGAAGGAGGCCGCGGCGGGGCUGGGGCACCUGCUGGUGUUCGCUUUUCUUUUCUGCGUCGGUGCCUUCAUGGUGGCGCCGGUGAUCGUCGACGUGACGAUGGCGGCGCUCUGCCCCGGCCAAGACCAGUGCUCCCUCGCCAUCUACCUCACGGGACUCCAGCAAGCCAUCACAGGCCUCGGGGCACUCGUGGUGACGCCGGUCGUCGGGAACCUGUCCGACAGAUAUGGUCGCAAGGCGUUGCUCGCUCUCCCGGCAACCUUGUCCAUCGUCCCAUUGGCCAUUCUGGCGUUUAACCAGACGAAGCCAUACUUCUACGCCUACUACGUCGCCAAGACGCUGACGGCGAUGGUCUCCGAGGGCGCCAUGAUGUGCCUCUCGCUCGCUUAUGUGGCUGACAAGGUGCCGGAGGCGCAGCGGGCGGUGGCCUUCGGGGUGUUCUCCGGCGUCUGCACUGCUGGCUUCGUCGCGGGCACCAUCGCGGCCCGCUUCCUCUCCGUAUCCUCUACGUUCCAGGUGGCGACGAUGUCGGCGGUUGCUGCGGCGGUGUACAUGAGGGCCUUCGUCCAGGAGACGGACCGUGGGGCUUCGCUGAUGCGCGACGAGGAGGCCUCCCUUCUGCUCUUCGCUCCUUCCUCCAGUACCGAGGAGUUGUCGCCGAGGCUCCCGCCUCUCCGGAAGGCGCCCUCUCUGUCGGAGAUGGUGGCCCUUCUUACCAGCAGCUCGACUUUCACGAGAGCAGCGGUCAUCACAUUUUUCCAUAGCCUUGGUGAAACAGGCCUGCAAACUGCAUUACUGUAUUUUCUGAAGGCGCAGUUCCACUAUACCAAGAACCAGUAUGCAAAUUUGCUGCUUAUUUUUAGCAUCAUGGGAAGUUUCUCACAGCUGACCAUGAUGCCUCUACUAGCACCAAAGCUUGGUGAGCAGAAGCUACUCGUCGUCGCACUUCUAGGGAGCUGCGUGCACGGAUUCCUAUACAGCAUUGCAUGGUCAUUCUGGGUAUGCAACAGAUCAAAUGACAGUAGAGUAAAUGAUGCGCAAUUGUUUGGUACUAGUCAUGCUAAAUUUGAUGUUUUGUUGAAGAUAAGGAGCAUUGUAUCAAAAAAAGUAGGACCUUCUGAACAGGGAAUGGUUCAAGGUUGUAUCACAGGAAUCAGCUCAACUGCAAGUGUUAUAUCUCCUCUAGUAUUUACUCCCCUCACGGCCUGGUUCCUAUCGGAAACUGCACCUUUCAAUUUCAAAGGUUUUAGUCUUGCCUGUGCUGGAUUUGCAACGUUGGUAGCACUUAUAAUGAGCAUUAAUAUGAGGCCAGCAGAAGUUCAGCCAGAUAACAAAUAGAAGAACAAGUGAAUACGUGUCCAUGUACAGAUGACAGAAAUCUAGAAUGCUAAUAAUAUCCUCUUUCUUACUUACCAUCAAUAGCCAUGAUCAACUUAGGUAGCUGUUCUAUCCUUGCCAAUGGAUUACGACAGAAAAUGUGGUCUAAAGAAUCAAUAGUAGAAGCAGGUUCCAGUUUGUCUGUAAAAUGUAUUUGAUAGUUGACACUUGGACUGUUGGACAUAGCUAAUUAGUUGGGAAUGUAAAGCUUGGAGUAAACCACUAUGCAACAUUUAAUAUGGAUAGUUAACACUAUCUCUGUGCAAGAAAAAGGGGGCCCUUUUGCACCCAAAAAAAACAUGUAUCACAUGUAGAAUAAUCAGUAAUGAUGUGAUAACAGUAGCCAGGAUUACACAGUGUAAGAAUCUUCUAUACUACAUAUUGAUGGUAAUUUUUCAGUCA